AUGCCUGAUCGACGUCAAGACCUUCAUCAGAGUUUGUUACAGCCUACCACUACCACUACCCAGGCGCCUGAUGACGUCAAGCCCAUCGUUUUCUUGUGGCGGAGUUUCCUCUGUGCUUCCUUUAACGUCAAGCUCGGCUUCUUGGUCACGUUCCUGAUCAAAUUCAGUCAGUCUAUUUGGACGGGUAUACCGAUGCUAGGGUAUUUAUAUACCAUUACGGGCGGCUCCAACACUAUGGUUGGAGUAUUCUCGUCAGUGCAAGGCCUCACGUGCUUGGCGUGCGCUCCUAUAGCAGGGGUCGUUGCUGACAACAUCUCCAAACCAGAUCUCAUGCGUGCCUUGGGCUUCCUGGGCAUCUUCAACAUCGGCAUGAACUUUGCCCUUUUCCUCACGGAUCAAUUAUGGAUAGCUUAUCCGUCUUAUAUCCUUUGGGGCACUUUUACCGCCUUCUCUGAGACGACCCUGAGUACGCUCAUUGCGGACGGGAUGUCAACAGGGAAUCGGGCGCCGCUUGAAUCGUUGAGGUGGACUCUGGCUCAGGUGGCCACAGCUAGUGGUCCUAUACUCAAUGCUAUAAUACUCUCCCUAGCUGGCAACACAUGGACGCUGCCGUGCUUGAAAAAGGUGCUCCUUUUCGGCUCGUCUUGUGCAAUUUUUGGUAUGGUGGCUGACAUGUUCUUCCAAAAGGACGACACUAAGGCAAGCGGGGUCGUGGCCACGAAAGCAGUAUGUGAGGACGCUCCUAAUGAGCUGGUCGAGCUGAUUUACUCCUAUACGAAUUCGAUCGGCAUUGUAUGUGCUAUACUUGGACAAGAUGUUAUCACCGCUUUGGGCUCGGGAAUGUCAGUGCAAUAUUUCCAACUAUGGUUUAAGAAUGACUAUGGCGUUGACCCGAGGACUCUAGCCUUCCUCAACGUCGUGACCACUCUGACGGUAGCGUUUAUGACCUACACUGUAACGAACGAGCUGGCUACGAGGUUCGGCACGGUUAAAGUUGUUGUCUCUAUUAGAUUGAUCGCAGUAUUAUUACUGUGGGCUAUGGUCAUAGUAAGACCGAUAGAGAUUUUACUGGUCUUGUAUGUGAUAAGGAUGGCCUUUAUGAAUUGCUCAAGACCAGUAUUCCGAGCGAUGCUCAUGGACCAUACACCUCAGAAGCAUCGAGGAAAGGUCAACGCUGUUGACAUGGUGCGUAUGUUCUCUUGGUCGGGUUCUGCAGCAAUAGGAGGUCUUCUUGUUGACCAUUGGGGCUACAGGUUUAACUUUGUUGUUACUGGCCUUGUCCAUUGCUGCGGUUUGUUGUGCGUCUUCUCUCUCAACUUCUUCCAUCAUACGUACCACGGGAAGCUCUCGAAGGAAUCCGAAACCCGCGUAGAUCGAAUAGAAAGUCAGGAUCUCGAAAAUGACGUCUUUCAAGCGACUCCACGAAGCUUGGAAGAGCCCCAUUACUUCCAUCGCAAGUGAAGCUAUUGAUACCCCCUCACUGAUUGUGCUUGAU